AUGUCGCCAUAUGGGACCGGUACCUCCAAAUGGUCAGAGGGGACGUUAAAUCCUACUUCCUAUCAAAGCUCGAAAGGCAACAUUACAGUCCAUCACUUAAAUAUUACAAACUGCCCCGCCUCCUUAGUUGAAUAUCUUCAUGGUGUGUUCGAAACAGAGCUAGAGAUGGGUAACACGUACCCCCAGGAAGGUCCGAUAGGCGUCGCCGGCUUCACCUCUUAUUUCUUCCAAGCCGAUGUCUUCAUCGGCAUUGCAUAUCUUCCAAAUUCAACCAAUGGAGUAAUACCCACAGACCUGGAGCAAGCUCGAUCCGGCCGGGAAUGGAAAGAUUGCGUGGCUGGAGCUUACUAUGUGAAACCAAACUAUCCAGGUCGCUCCUCACAUAUUUGUAACGCAGGCUUCAUAUCCUUCCUUCACUACGCUCCCCUGUUGGGGUAUCGUGGCUCCGUGUUCAAUCUCGUAUACAAAAAUAAUCUUGCUUCCCUCGCUAUUUGGGACCGGCUCGGUUUUCAGCGGGCAGGCUUGAUUCCCGGUGCUGGGAGGCUUAAGAAGCCUGAUGGAUCUGGAGAGGAAUAUGUCGAUGCCAUUAUCUUCUACAAGAGCUUUGUCCAGGCAUCUGCCCCCCUAAAUUUUGAAUGA